UCCGAUUGGUAUAUGCAGUUCACUCGCUCACUUGCCGACUUGGAAAAAGCUUCGACGGACUUUGGACAAAUGUUUAAAAUUGUUGCAGGGCAAAAAAAAAUUUAAAAGAAAUAACAGAAAAAUUACAUUAAGACAAUAAGAAAAAAUAUACACAUUGAGCAUAAAGCAUUGUCUGACUCGAAGAUGGAAAUCUACAUUUUUGCCUGUUGCCUUUUUACCGUCGUGUUUCUUGCAGCAGUGAAACUUUACCAAGUGUCCAUCAAAAAACCUUAUAUAUCAAAUGUCAAACUUCAUGGAAAGACAGCCAUUGUCACGGGAGCCAAUACUGGAUUAGGAUUUUGGACAGCUCUUGAUUUGGCAAAGAGAGGAGCCCAUGUCAUUCUGGCUUGUAGAAACUUGCAAAAAGCAGAAGAAGCAAGGAAAAAAAUUCUGGAAGCACUAGAGGAUGGAGGUGAUGUAGUGGUCAGGCACUUGGAUCUGAGCUCUAUGAGGUCUGUAAGGCAGUUUGCUAGAGAGACAUAUGAACAGGAAGCCAGACUGGAUAUUCUCAUCAACAAUGCUGCAGUGUCAGGUCUACCUGCAACAAUUACAGAAGAGAACUUAGAAUAUACUUAUGCAACAAACUAUGUUGGACCAUUUCAUCUCACAAAUCUCCUUCUGGAUUUGCUGAAAAAGUCUGCUCCCAGUCGUAUAGUGAAUCUUACGUCCAUAAUGAAUACUCUGGCUCAUGUGGAUUGUGAUGAUAUACAAGCUAAGAAAGGGUUCCAUCCUUAUGAUGCUUACAAGAACUCAAAGCUGAUGAACAUAUUGUUUACUAAGGAACUUGCUAGAAGACUUGAAGGAACAGGUGUAGCUACCUGCUGUAUACAUCCUGGAGUAGCAGCUACAGACAUUUUCAGAUGUAUAUGGGGCAGUAGUAUAUUGACAGCAUUUCUAGGGCUAUUUUUUAAGACAGCUAAAGAUGGAGCUCAAACAACUGUGUACGCUGCUGUGUCAGAGGAAAUGCGUGAUGCCAAGGGAGUAUACUUGAGUGAUAGUCAGGUGUGUGAUAAGACAAGGUGGAUAAACAAGGAAGCUUAUGAUGAAGGAUUGUGUAAAAAACUGUGGGAAACUACAGAGGCUAUUCUGGCAUCCAUUGAUUCAACAACACUGAGUGAAAAAGAAAACAAGAUCUAAGAGGAACUUGAAGAUUUAGUUAGUAUAAGGUGCCCACAUA